AACAGCAGCUCCCGGCCGCUAGGAGGAACAAGGAGGGAUCCGUGCCCGGUCCCAGCGUGGAGAAGGAAGCGGCGUCCGCAUCAAUACACACACACACACACACACAAGACGGGACGGAGCCGCGGCACAGCGGGGGGAGAGAGUGCUUUCACUUGACAUCGAAGACUUUCCUCACAUGGGGGACGAGAAAUGACAUCGACCGCCAGCGAGAGGAGGGCGUUUGCCCACAAAAUCAACCGGACGGUUGCUGCAGAGGUCAGAAAACAAGUGUCCAGAGACUACGGCUCUCCUCAGCUGUCCAAGAAACGAGGCGGCGCACACCACCCUUUGCCGCUGACAGAGGUGGCCGAGCCUGUGGACUUUGAGGAGUAUGUGAGCAGCCAUGCUCCCGGGGUGGAGCCUGGCCCCCUCCGACAGCUAAUGGAGUUCCCUCAGGACGACCUGGAGCUCCUCCAGCUGGACAAAGAGUGCACUACACUGGAGCCCCCACUGCCUGAGGAGGAGGACUCCCUGGAUCCCAGAGUGAGAGAUGCCUUGGCAGUCUACACAGAUGACUGGCUCGUCAUCCAAAGAAAGUAUCAGCGCUACAGCACCACAUACAGCCCUCAAAACUCUGAGCGACAGAGGGAGAGGCAGCGAGGGCUGGUCAAACAGACCUUUGAACUGGACGAGGCUGCCGCCACCGAGCGCCAGGAUGACCAGGAUGACGCAAAGCGGCGGUCAGUUAGCCUUGACGAGACCCCUCGGGGCAGCUGGGCCUCCAGCAUCUUUGACCUGAAGAACUCCUCCCCCGACGCCCUCCUGCCGUCCGUGCUGGAGCGCGCAGCCGCUGAGGACAUGGACCGCCGCAACACGGAGGCGCGCCUGCAGGGGCGCCACAGCGACCUGCUCGGCCUCUACCCUCCCCCCGAUGAGGAUGAAGCUGUGGAGAGAUGCUCUGUUCCUGAAGUGCCCAAGGAACAUUGUGGCCAGAGGAUCAUGGUCAAGUGUCUGUCUCUGAAGUUUGAAAUAGAAAUCGAGCCAAUAUUUGGAACACUUGCCCUCUAUGAUGUCAAGGAAAAGAAAAAGAUCUCCGAGAAUUUCUACUUUGACCUGAACUCGGAUCAGAUGAAAGGGCUGCUCAAAACCCACACACCUCACACAGCCAUAUCUACACUGGCCCGCUCUGCCAUUUUCUCCAUCACAUAUCCUUCUGCCGAUAUCUUCUUGGUCAUCAAGCUCGAGAAAGUCCUUCAGCAAGGAGACAUCGGAGAGUGCUGUGAACCCUACAUGGUCAUGAAAGAAUCCGAUUCCACCAAGCACAAGGAGAAGCUGGACAAGCUGCGUCUGCAGGCGGAGCAGUCUUGCAGUCGUCUCGGUUGCUUUCGCAUGCCUUUCGCCUGGACCGCCAUUCACCUUCUCAACAUCGUCAGCAGUGUGGGGGGGCUGGAUCGGUCAGACCCGGACUCAGACUCUGAGCGAAAAGGUCAUGGAACAUGGAAUGAGAGGAAGAAGAAGGGGUUCGAGCGGAUGAGUGUCGGGGAUGACAUGUGUAACUUUGCCACUUUCCGACCAGCUACGCUCACUGUCACCAACUUCUUCAAGCAGGAGGGGGACAGACUAAGCGAUGAGGACCUUUACAAGUACCUGGCAGAUAUGCGGCGACCGUCGUCCGUUCUGCGGAGACUGAGACCUGUCACAGCCCAGUUGAAGAUCGACAUCUCUCCAGCUCCGGACUUGCCUCAUUACUGCCUGUCACCGGAGCUGCUUCAUGUCAAACCUUACCCUGACCUGCGCGUUCGCCCGACCAAAGAGGUGCAGGAGUUCCCUGCUCGCUACGUGUACACUCCACACACCACCUACAGGAAUCUGCUAUAUGUUUACCCGCAAACUCUGAACUUCAGCAGUCGCCAGGGUUCAGUGAGGAACAUCGCUGUGAAGGUUCAGUUCAUGGCAGCAGAGGACCCCAGUCAAGCUUUGCCGGUCAUCUUCGGAAAGUCGAGCUGCGCCGAGUUCAUGAACGAGGCGUACACGCCCGUCAUCUACCAUAACAAGUCCCCCGAGUUCUACGAGGAGAUGAAGAUGAAGAUUCCUGCCAAUCUGACAGACAACCACCAUCUGCUGUUCACCUUCUACCACAUCAGCUGCCAGCCCAAACAGAACACUCCUCUGGAGACCCCUGUGGGCUACACUUGGAUCCCUCUGAUGCAGCAUGGCCGACUGCGCACAGGCUCCUUCAGUCUUCCCGUCUCCGUGGAGAAGCCUCCACCUAGCUACUCUGUUCUCACUCCUGACGUUCAGCUCCCGGGCAUGAAGUGGGUGGAUAAUCACAAAGGAGUGUUCAAUGUCGAGGUGACAGCGGCCUCCUCGGUUCACACUCAGGACCCACACCUGGACAAGUUCUUCACUCUCGUGUACGUUCUGGAGGAGUACUCCUUCCCCUUCCGCCUGAAGGACGUCAUCAUCACCGAGGCAAACAUGGAGGGAGAGUUGAAGGCCAGCAUGGCCGCGCUCAGAGGGGCUCUGUUGGACACUUGUGUCAGGUUUUUACACCAGCUGCUCAACAAGCUCAUUCAGCUCAUCGUGUACCCGCCGGUCAUCGCGGGCCAAAUUGUGAACCUGGGCCGCGCUGCCUUCGAAACUAUGGCCUUGUUGGUCAACCAGAUGCACAAAAACCUGGAGGGGAUCCAGGAUCAGCACGGCCGCAACAACCUGCUGGUGUCCUACAUCCACUACUGCUUCCGCCUGCCCACCGCCGAACCUACAAUUUCCCCGACAGGAGGCCCCCAGUCGUACGAGAUGCCUAUGCAGUACGCCACCUUAUCGAGGGCAACAGCCCGCCCGAGCAGUCUCCAUCUGUCCCGCUCCAAGAGUAUCAGCAACUCCAACCCCGACCUGGCCAGCACGCCAGUUUCACCCGAUGAAGAGGUGCAAAGGAUCAUUGGCAACAAGGGCAUUGACCGCUCCCACUCCUGGGUAAACUCUGCUUAUGCCCCUGGGGGCUCCAGAUCUGUGCUACGUCGGAACCCCAACUCCAGCUGUGAGCUCAAGCAGGCAAACGACCGCGGCUGCAAUCGCAUGUCUGCCUAUCUGGACAGCGUGGCCUUGUUUUCAGUUCCCACAAGGCAGAUUAUCAAGAAGCUGCUCCACGAGGAGCUGGCGUUGCAGUGGGUGGUCAGCACCAGCACAGUGAGGGAAGCGGCGCUGCAGCAGGCCUGGUUUUUCUUCCAGCUUAUGACAAAGAGCAUGACCCAUCACUUAUUCCUGACCUCGAAACUGGACAUUCCCAGGCGUCAGCGUUUCCCUGACCGCUUCGUGGAUGAUAUUGCUGCACUUGUGUGUGCCAUCAGCGCAGACAUUGCCAGCCGACACCAGAAGGAUGUGGAACUUGUGGAGAGGUUAAACAGCAGUCUGGCCUUCUUCCUGAAUGACCUGCUGUCUCUGGUGGACCGGGGCUUUGUGUUCAACCUCAUCCGUUCCUACCACAAACAGAUUGCCAACAAGCUCCACACGGCGCAAAACCCCAGCUCUCUGAACGCACUGAGGAUGGACUUCACUCGCAUCGUCUGCAGCCACGAGCACUACGUCGUCCUCAACCUGCCGUGCUCAACUCUCAGCCCUCCGGCCUCCCCCUCCCCCUCAACUUCCUCCACCACCUCACAGAGUUCAGCAUUUUCCAGUAUGGUGCAAGACCAAGGUGUGGCCACCAUGUUUGAGCUCUCCGUCCCUUUCCGCCAGCAGCACUUCCUGUCUGGCUUGCUGCUUAGUGAACUCUCUCUAAUCCUCGACCCGGAAGGAGAAGGGGUAUUCUUCCUCCACAAAAAGGCCAUUUGCGCCAUUCACUCCCUGCUCUGCAGCCACGAUGCAGACUCUCGCUACAGUGACCCUCAGGUCCGAGCCCACAUAGCUCAACUCUACUUGCCCCUCCUCCCCAUCGUCAUGGAGACGUUACAUCAGCUCCACGACUUCUUAGACUCUUCGCCUGCUCGGGCCCGCCAUGCCUCAGCCCACGCUGAUGAUGCUGACCCAGACGGUAGCAACACUAUCAGUCAGUCUGUUGCCAUGGCGAUUGCCGGCUCCCCUUUGCCGCAUGCCAAAGCCAACGCAUUUGCGCUUCCCACAGUGGCCGGGCGUCAGUCCAGCUCGCUGUCCGCCGAGUGUAGCAGGACUUUGCUGGUGUGUUUCCUGUGGGUACUGAAGAAUGCCGAUGCAGCUCUCCUGGAGCGCUGGGUUUCUGAUUUGUCUGUGUUGCAAAUCAACCGCCUGCUGGAUUUGCUGCAUCUCUGUCUGUCCUGCUUUGAAUACAAGGGAAAGAAGUCUCUGGAGAGGAUCAACAGCCUAACAUUUAAAAAGUCACAGGACAUGAAGGCCCGACUGGAAGAGGCCAUACUGGGCACCAUCGGGGCUCGUCAGGAGAUGGUCCGCCGCUGCAGAGGUAUGUUGUAUGAGAGCAUAUCAGUGUGUGUGUCAGUAGCUCAGUCUUUGUUCGAGGUGUUUACUCAUCUGUGUUCAUGGAAAUUUCAUCGGUUUACUCUUCCAGAAAGAAGUCCCUAUGGCAGCCAAGAGAACGUUAGGUGGAGGAAGAACGUCACUCACUGGAGACAAAACACAGACAGAGUCGAUAAGACUAAAGCUGAGGUGGAGCAGGAGUCCGUGGUGGAUGGAAACUUGGCUACUGAGGCCUCUCUGAUCGUUCUGGACACACUGGAGAUCGUAGUGAAGACUGUGGUGGCAUCAGAGCUGAAGGAAAGUGUUCUAGGUGGGGUGUUGAGAGUGCUGCUCCACAGCAUGGCAGGCAACCAGAGCGCCCUCUUCCUGCAGCACUGCUUCAUUACACAGAGGGCUCUGGUUUUCAAGUUCCCAGAGAUGCUGUUUGAAGAAGACACCGAGCUUUGUGCGGACCUGUGCCUGCGUCUCCUUCGUCACUGCAGCAGUAGCGUCGGCUCAGUCAGAAGUCAUGCCUCCGCCUCGCUUUACCUGCUCAUGAGGCAAAACUUUGAGAUCGGAAAUAACUUUGCACGGGUGAAGAUGCAGGUCACCAUGUCUCUGUCUUCCCUGGUGGGAACAUCGCAGAACUUCAAUGAAGAGCAUCUUCGCCGGUCACUCAAGACUAUCCUAACAUACGCCGAAGAGGACUUGGAGCUGCGUGACACGCCCUUCCCAGAGCAGGUCCAGGAUCUGGUGUUCAACCUGCACAUGAUUCUUACCGACACUGUGAAGAUGAAAGAGCAUCAGCAGGAUCCAGAGAUGCUCAUUGACUUAAUGUACAGGAUCGCUAAGGGCUACCAGAACUCACCGGACCUGCGUCUCACGUGGCUCCAGAACAUGGCAGGGAAACACUCUGAGAGAGGUAACCAUGCCGAGGCCGCCCACUGUCUGGUCCACAGCGCCGCACUGGUGGCAGAAUAUCUCAACAUGCUGGAGGAUUGUCGCUACCUGCCAAUUGGUUGUGUCACAUUUCAGAACAUUUCGUCCAACGUGCUGGAGGAGUCGGCAGUAUCUGACGACGUCCUGUCUCCAGAGGAGGAGGGGAUCUGCGCUGGCAAGUACUUCAGCGAGUCUGGCCUGGUGGGCCUCCUGGAGCAGGCAGCUGCGUCUUUUAACAUGGCAGCCAUGUACGAGGCCAUAAAUGAAGUGUACAAGAUUCUGCUGCCCAUCCACGAAGCCAACAGGGACUUCAAAAAGCUGGCAACUGUCCACGGAAAGCUGCAGGACGCCUUCAACAAAGUCUACAACCAAAGUUCAGGAUGGGAGAGAAUGUUCGGUACCUACUUCCGUGUUGGUUUCUACGGCUGCCGUUUCGGAGACCUGGACGAGCAAGAGUUUGUGUACAAAGAGCCAUCAAUCACCAAAUUAGCCGAGAUCUCCCACAGACUCGAGGAGUUUUACUCUGAGAAGUUCGGGGAUGAGGUGGUUGAAAUUAUCAAGGACUCCAGCCCGGUUGACAGAACCAAACUGGAUCCCAACAAGGCCUACCUCCAGAUCACCUACGUCGAGCCGUACUUUGACACAUACGAGCUGAAGGAAAGAAUCACCUACUUUGACAAGAACUACAACCUGCGUACCUUCAUGUACUGUACGCCCUUCACCCUGGACGGCCGAGCCCACGGUGACCUGCACGAUCAGUACAAGCGCAAAACCACUCUGACGACGUCUCAUGCCUUCCCUUACAUCAAGACUCGCAUCAAUGUUAUGCACAAGGAGGAGAUCAUUCUCGUCCCCAUGGAGGUGGCGAUUGAGGACAUGCAGAAAAAGACUCAGGAGCUCGCCUUUGCAACAAACCAAGACCCUCCGGACUCCAAAAUGCUGCAGAUGGUGUUGCAGGGCUCUGUGGGAACCACAGUCAACCAGGGCCCCCUUGAGGUGGCGCAGGUCUUUCUUUCUGACAUUCCCAAUGACCCAAAGCUGUUCCGACAUCACAACAAACUGCGCCUCUGCUUUAAAGACUUCACCAAGAGGUGUGAGGAUGCCCUGAGGAAGAAUAAAGCCCUGAUUGGCCCAGAUCAGAAGGAGUACCACAGGGAGCUGGAGAGGAACUACAAUAAGCUGAAAGAAGCUCUGGGUCCUCUCAUCAACCGCAAGAUCCCCCAGCUAUACAGAACCCUGCCAGCUCAGACUACGCAAACACAACGGAACUCCUACAGUAGGUCCAGUCUCCGGAGGGUCGACUGCUGAUGCGCAGGAAACUGGAAAACAACACAGAAUAACAAGCUUUGGAAACUAGUACCAUCUCCCCCCGUCUGUCCCCCCUCCCCCCACUGCACUGUGCACCAAUUGUCGCACUCACCGUCCUCUUCCUCGUAGAUCCCGUAAUUUUACCCACCCACCGACCCCGGCCACCCAGUCAUGCCAUAAUCCCCCCACCAAACACACACAGACUUGUCACUUCUCUCCCAUCUCCCCACUCUCACACCUCUGUAGGAGAAGACCCCGGCUGUUUAUGCAGGGAGGUUAUCUGCACUGUAAACAUGGUCUUUUUAGAGCAAAGCUCUGACCAAGUCUCCUCACUGACGACCCAAAGUAAUCGCUCUGAGCCUGAGCUGGUUUUAACUUAAGUUUUUUUUUUUACAGGACUAGACCUGCCAAACACAUUCUGCAUCCAAAUCUUUAGCGGGUUUGUUCGUGCGUUUAUGUGUUUCUCUGUUUCUUCUAGUCUAAUUUCCUUUUGCAUUGUCUGUUUUGUGUCCUGGCCUUAUUUAAAUUUAGAGAUUAAGAGAUUCUUCUUCUUCUUCUUCUUCUUCUUCUUCCAAACUCAGCCUGGUAGCCGUCACUGCCAGACUUAUUAAAAAAGUCCCAGGGAGUUUUCUUAUGUUAUCAACAGACCAAAUAACUGACAUUCCUCCUUCCUCAAGUCGUCACAUUAAUCUUCCCAUCUCUCGUUAUAAGAAUUCAUUAUAGAGAGGAGGUGGGAUCAUCGUGUCCAGACUCAGGUCUCAGUUUCAGCCUGAGUCCGAGGGGGGGAAUUCCUCUAACAGUAGCAAAAGAGGAAAGCAAGAAAAGGCAUUUACAGAUGUUUAAAUGUAUUGGGGUUUUGUUUUUUUAAACUGUGAAAUUCUCUUGUAAUGCACUGCAGUCACAUCAGAUGUUUGUCACAGAAGCACUGCCCCUCAGCCAGGCCACUGUCUCCUCACUGUCUCCCUGCAGUACAGUCUGAUUACUGCACACAUACUGUGUCUGUGGAGUUUAAGGCAGGCCGCGUUCCAACAUCCUGUCAAAAAACACUCCACACGUCUUACAUACGUGUCCACCCCCCUGGAUCUGGAAGAUUUAUAUUCAUUGUAGCCAUUUCUAACUACUGUAUAUUAUAUUGCACUAUUGUAGUACUACGAACUGCGGCACAUUUAACACUGUAACUACUAGAAAAUCUGUGCUUUUGUUAUUUUUUACGAAUGCUGGAAAUUGUUUUUUUUAACCAGUUAAAUGAGAAUUUUUUUUUAUUUAUUUUACACUGUCCCCCUUUAUUUUUUAUUACAGCAUUCUAUUAAAUUUCUCUUCCUACGA